CACCGCCUGUAUCCCAAGUGAGUCAGGCCCGCUUUUCACUUAUGCCUAUAGCCUUUUCUCUCUUCCUGCUCUGUUUUUCGUAUUGCCAGCAGGAUCACGGGACUGACCUUUAACACCUCCCUCGUUACUAGGGCGAGUUCUGCGAGCGCAUUGGUUUCAAGAUGUCCAUUGAUUUCCCGAAGGAGGAGGAGGCCACUAUCCAAAGAUGGCGCGAGAUCAAGGCCUUUGAGAGACAGGUCGAGCUCUCUGCUGGCAAGCCCAACUACACCUUCUACGAUGGCCCCCCCUUCGCGACUGGUCUGCCUCACUAUGGCCAUCUCCUGGCCUCCACCAUCAAGGACAUUAUCCCAAGGUAUUGGUCCAUGAAGGGUUUCCAUGUCGAGCGCCGCUUUGGUUGGGAUACCCACGGUCUUCCCAUCGAACAUGAGAUCGACAAGAAGCUCGGUAUUUCCGGCAAGGCUGCUGUGAUGGAGAUGGGUCUGGAGAAGUACAACGAGGAGUGCAGAGCGAUUGUCAUGAGAUAUUCCGAAGAGUGGAGGCACACCAUUGAGAGGUUAGGUCGCUGGAUCGACUUUGACAACGACUACAAGACCAUGGAUCCUACUUUCAUGGAGUCCGAGUGGUGGGUGUUCAAGCAGCUGUUCGAUAAGGGAGAGGUAUAUCAGGGCUACCGUGUGAUGCCCUACUCGACCACACUCACCACUGCUCUGAGCAACUUUGAGGCAAACCAGAACUACCAGGAUGUCACCGAUCCCGCCGUUAUCGUCGCCUUCCCCCUCAUCGACGAGCCCGAAACCAACUUCCUCGCCUGGACAACCACCCCCUGGACCCUGCCAUCUCACACUGGUCUGGCGGCGCAUCCCGACUUCGAAUACGUCAAGAUUGCCGACGAAAAGACGGGCAAGAACUUCAUCAUUCUCGAGAAGCUGCUCUCGACGCUCUACAAGGACCCCAAGAAGGCCAAGUUCAAGGUCCUCGCCAAGUACAAGGGCAAGGACAUGCUCGGCUGGAAGUACCUGCCCCCAUUCGACUACUUCUAUGAGGAAUACAAGGAUGUCGCCUUCAAGCUCCUCAACGCCACUUACGUUACGGCUGAAAGUGGUACCGGUAUCGUUCACCAGGCCCCGGCUUUCGGUGAGGACGAUUACAACGUAGCCGUUGAGGCUGGCAUUGUGACCGAGAAGCGCCCUCCUCCCGACCCGGUUGAUGACUCGGGUGUUUUCACCAGCAAGGUUUCCGAUUUUGCCGGCCUCCACGUGAAGAAGGCCGACAAGGAGAUUAUCAAGUACUUGAAGGGCACUGGCAGGCUCAUUGUUGAGUCUCAGUACAAGCAUUCGUACCCCAUGUGUUAUCGUUCCGAUACCCCUCUGAUCUACAAGGCUGUGCCUUCUUGGUUCAUCCGCAUCCCCAAGAUCAUUCCUCAGAUGCUCGAGAACAUCGAGGGCUCGCACUGGGUUCCCUCGUUUGUCAAAGAGAAGCGUUUCGCAAGCUGGAUCGCAAAUGCUCGGGACUGGAAUGUGUCCCGCAACAGAUAUUGGGGUACUCCCAUCCCCCUGUGGAUCAGCGAUGACGGAGAGGAGCGUGUCUGCAUUGGCAGCAUUGAAGAGCUGAAGGAGCUGAGUGGCUAUGAGGGUGAGAUCGCAGAUCUCCACCGUCACAAGAUUGACCACAUCACCAUUCCCAGCAAGCAAGGCAAGGGCAUCCUCAAGCGCGUUGAGGAGGUCUUCGACUGUUGGUUUGAGUCUGGCAGCAUGCCUUAUGCCAGCAAGCACUAUCCCUUUGAGAACAAGGAGGAGUUUGAGAAGAGCUUUCCUGGUGACUUCAUUGCCGAGGGCCUUGAUCAGACCAGAGGCUGGUUCUACACUCUUCUCGUUCUUGGCACCCACCUCUUUGGCAUCUCCCCUUUCAAGAACUGUGUCGUCAACGGCAUUGUGCUCGCUGAAGAUGGCAAGAAGAUGUCCAAGCGCCUGAAGAACUACCCAGAUCCCACCGUCGUCAUGUCCAAGUAUGGUUCUGAUGCCCUCCGUCUGUACCUCAUCAACUCGCCUGUAGUGAGAGCCGAGCCUCUUCGCUUCAAAGAGUCUGGUGUCAAGGAGGUCGUGGCCAAGGUUCUUCUUCCCUUCUGGAACAGUUACAAAUUCUUCGAGGGCCAAGUUGCGCUCCUCAAGAAGGUUGAGAAUAUUGACUACAAGUUCGACCCCAGCAUGGAGUCGUCCAACACCAAUGUUAUGGACAAGUGGAUUUUGGCAAGUUGCCAGAGUCUGCUCAAGUUUGUCAACGAGGAGAUGGCUGCCUACCGUCUGUACACUGUCGUGCCCAAGCUUCUUGAGUUGAUUGACAACACCACCAACUGGUACAUCCGUUUCAACCGGAAGCGGUUGAAGGGUGAGAACGGUCUUGAGGACACCCUCCACGCUCUCAACACCCUCUUUGAGGUUCUUUUCACGCUGUGCCGUGGCUUGGCACCCUUCACUCCCUUCCUCACUGAUACCAUCUACCUGAAGCUCCUUCCUUCCAUCCCUGAGAAGCUCCAGGGCCAGGACCCCCGCAGUGUUCAUUUCCUACCCUUCCCCGAAGUCAGGCAAGAGCUUUUCAACCCUGACGUUGAGCGCAGAGUGCAGCGCAUGCAGAAAGUUAUCGAGCUGGGCAGAUACUCCCGCGAGAGACGUACUAUCGGUCUCAAGCAGCCCCUCAAGACGCUCAUUGUCAUUCAUCACGACCCACAGUAUCUGGAAGACGUGCGGUCGCUCCAGGAUUACAUCACUGAGGAGCUCAACAUUCGCGACAUUGUGCUGACCUCGGAUGAGGCACAGUAUGGUGUGCAGUACAGCGUCACGGCUGACUGGCCCGUACUUGGCAAGAAGCUCAAGAAGGACAUGGGCAAGGUCAAGAAGGCGCUGCCAAGUGUCACCAGCGAGGAGGCGUAUGCCUACACUCAGACUGGUAAGUUGGUGGUGGACGGCAUCACCCUCGAGGCUGGCGACCUGGUUGUCAAGCGUGGGUUGAAGGAGGAUGAGUCUUCCAAGAACUUGGAGACCAACACCGACAACGAUGUCCUUACCAUUCUCGAUGUCGAGAUCUACCCCGGCCUUGCCGAGGAGGGUCUUGCUCGUGAGAUCAUCAACAGAGUCCAGAGGCUGCGCAAGAAGGCUGGUCUUCAGGUCACCGAUGACAUCAAGAUGGAGUACAGAGUGCUCAGCGAUCCUGAGAACACUGGCUUGGAGAAGGUGUUUGAGUCCCACAAUGAGACUAUUACCAAGGCUCUGCGUAGGCCGAUUGACAAGCAUGAGGUCACCCACAUUAUGGGCCAGAUCCCCGAGAAGAAGGAGGAGGGCAUCAUUGCUGAGGAAGAGCAAGAAGUACAAAAGGCUACUUUCUUGCUGCGUCUCCUCAAGCUCUAAAAGAAAAGGUUUCAUGAUAUCCGGUAGCUUAGGCGUGUAGCACAAUGAAACAACGUUAGACGAA